AUGGAGUGUCAAGUCAUAGAGGGUUGUAAGAUUCAUGCUUCCGUUAGGAAGACUCUGAUAUACCGAUUCCAAUCUUUGCUAAGUGAGGGUCAUGUAUAUCAGAUUUCGUUCUUUGGCGUUGGUGAAAGCGGUCGUGAUUUCCGACCAACCUCGCAUCCAUUCAAGAUCAACUUUGAUAUUCAUACAUCUGUGCGCUUGGUUCCCAACGAGGCCAUCAACUUAAGCCCGUACAAUUUUGUGCCAAUAUCUAAUAUAAUGUUCAAGGAUCUUGAUACGUCUUUUCUUAUAGAUGUGAUUGGAAUUCUCACUGGUGCAAGUGCUGAACAAGAAUUCGAAAAAGAUGAUGGGAAGCAGAAAAUAAUUACUAUUGAACUUGACCAAGAUGGGGCUCGGGUUGAAUGCGCGUUUUUUGGAAUGUAUGUUGAUGAGGUCGUUGGUUAUCUUGGAUCUGUUGAUGCAACCAAUGUUGUUGUUGCUGUGAGUUGUGUCAAAAUAAAGCCCUUUAAAGGUAUUAUAAAGUUUCAUCUGGUGUCAAAUAACUAA